AUGACGCAAGACCAGAUAAUCGGUACAUAUGUGCACAUCCCGGGGAAGCCGAGGGAGCAGCACGCCCUCUACAUGCUCCGGCGGAUCGCCAGCCUUGUGAAGCCCAUCAUGAGCCGGGGCGGGUAUAAGGUGGGCUGUUUGGCGGAAUUUUAUCCGGCGCAGAAGAGCUUACUCGGUAUAUCUACCCAUCCCUUACGCCCCUUGCGGGGAGGAGGAGAGAGCUAAUUAUAUCGUGCCUUGGGUGGAAAAGGCUUGAACGUCAAUCGUGGGGAGAAGGUCUGCAUAAGGCUCCGCCAACCCUACGAUGAUAGCGUAUUCUUGGACGUUGAGGAUUGCGCUUAUACCAUGCUGCAUGAGUUUGUCUUCCCCCUUGGUCCACCCUGCGAGGGAAAGCCGCCAGCUAAUGGUGAUGGUAGAAUAACGCACAACCUCCACGGCCCCCACAACGACACCUUCUACGCGCACUUGAAGACCCUCGAAGAGUCCUACUCCACCCUCCGCCGUAGUGGCUAUGAUGGAGAGGGCUUCUACUCAGAGGGUAAGCGCCUGGGAGCUGGAAUUCCCAAGAAUCCGCAAAUAUCCGAAGCCCGUCGACGAGCGUUGGCGGUGGCGGAGAAGCGACGGGACAUCUAUUCCGGAUCCGGGCAGAAGCUUGGCGGGAAGGACCCACUGCCUGGCGGGUUGGGCAUCCGUGAGAAGAUUGCCGUGGCGACGGAGCGGCGCAUACGGGACUCGCAGACUUGCGGUGCUGGGAGUGGCGCUGGGGAUAGAGGUGCUAUGGAGGCGGAGGCUGAGAGGACCAUUCGUGCUGGGACCGUCACGGUCGACAACGGCGACAAGGAGGAGGAGAAGCAAGCCGGGCGGGAAGUGAUAGUGCUGGACGAAGACCCGGAAAAUGAAGCGGCAAUAAUCAGUGCCGCUAUAGAGCUGAUCCAGGAAGCAGAGCGUGAAGAAGCCGAGCAGAAACUGCUGUGGGAGGAACGGGGCAGCAUAGUCUGGAUAAUGGACGACGAGGACGGCCCGGUACAAGUCGAACUCCCCCCGACUGCCGCUACUACUGCCCCCUCUCCCCCAUCCCCCCGCAUCCCUGCACCAAUAACAAUUCCCUCCUCACCUCCCCUACCACCAGCAGAAUCUCAAGAUCUCCCUCCGAGCUACGAACAGGCGACAACCUGGGCCUGCGAACUUUGCACCCUAAUCAACCCCUCCAUCCUCCCCCACUGCGAAGUCUGCUCCUUUGAGCGGCCGGAUGACAUCGACUCUGCCACAUCCCCGCCCCCUACUCCUCUCUCACCAAUCUACCAGAACCCACCCUUGGCGCAGGCAGUGAUCGCCGGGAAGGAGAGGGAAAGGGAGAGACAUAAGGUACGGUUCGUCGACAUGCCAUUAUGA